AUCACAGACGUCACAGUCACAAUCACUUCAACUGCAGCUGGGGCCUACCGUGACUCCGGUUUGGGACCGUUUCAAAGUUUCUCGUCAAGCUGAAGGGAUCCAAUCCGUCGGACCAGAUGGCGUCGCCUCAAACACGACGUCGUUUAAACCUCAUCCGCUCUCAAGACAACAACCAUAAAUGUUUUGAGUGCGACACUUCGAACCCCCAAUGGGUGUCGGUGACGUACGGGAUAUGGAUUUGCCUGGAGUGCUCGGGCGUGCACCGCAGCCUCGGCGUGCACAUAUCCUUCGUACGAUCUGUCACCAUGGACAAGUGGAAGGAAAACGAGAUUGAGAAAAUGCAAGUCGGCGGCAACGCCCGUCUCAAGGAGUGGUUCGACAGCCAGCCCGACGUCACUCCCGGGAUGACGAUAGUGCAGAAAUACAACACGAAGGCCGCGGCCAUGUACCGCCAGAAGAUUACCGCGCUCUCGGAGGGCCGCGAGUGGAGCCCCUCGGACUACCAGCCGGCCCGGCCUGCGCCCAAGCCGCAGCGCUGCGCCGCCUCCAAGGACUCCUACUCCAACGGCCAGGAGUUCCACAACAGCGGCUCAGACAACAACAUCAGCUAUCACAGCGAGUACGGAAGCGGUCGCUACACGGGCUUCGGCAACCAGCAGCAGACGCGGUCAACCCCCAUGUCGCCCACGCACACCGGCAACGAAGUCGUGGACAACAGUCUUGCUGCCCUGGCUUCGGGGUGGUCGCUGUUCGCGUCGACGGUGUCAAAAUGCGCGCGCACCGCAACAGAAUCCGCCGUCCGCUAUGGCGGCAUGGCCUCGCAGCGGGUCUCCGAGAUGGCCACCACCGUCACUGAGAAGGUGAACAACCGCGGUGGCUGGAGCUCGCUCGGCGGCACAACCGACACCCGGCGGGGCUCCUCCAACGGUUCCAACCAGCUGUACCAGUCCCAGUCAUACGGGGCCAUGCGGAGCUCCACCUCCGAGCCCUACUCGCAGUGGAACGAGCAAGUCCAGCCAUCAGUGGCGGCCCGUAACAACCUGGACACCCGUGACCUCUCGCAAGUGGGCGUGUCCAGCCCGCCCCCCGACAUCAAGGACCUCAAGAUACGCAAGCAGGAGGACAGCUGGGACUGGCUCAACAACUAGAUCUGACAAUGACAAACACCGACGGAACCAGAUGGCCAAUGACUGCACCCCGCUUGGUCCCUGUAUAUAUGUAAUAGCCCAUAGUAUACCUGCAACCGUAAGUGUAUAUUCCUUCACACCAUUACCCCAUAGCACUAUGCCGUACUGGAUCGAGCCAUGAGAAUACCCGUAAUACUUUAGAUUUACUAGGUAAAUAAUCGUGGAAAAUUUAAUAGAAAACUAUAUGUUGCUAAAGAAAAAAAUCUCUCCGUUCGUUUAUGGUGCAUGCUUUCAAAUGUUGAUGUUUAUAGAUAGCAGUUAUUAAACGAUAAAUGUAUAUUAUACGUUUUCUCGUAAUUGUAAUGUUAUGAUAAGACAUUAUUUACGUUAUCACAUUUUUAUAUUAUUUAUGUUCAUGCUAAAACGUUUUGAAUUUUUUUUUGUAAAA